AUGAGCGAAGCGGACAUUCAGUCGAUGACCGGAUUUGCCACGGCACACCGGACCAUCGGCACCGUUCGGGUCAAUUGCGACAUCCGCUCCGUCAAUGGCCGUUCGCUGGACAUCAAGCUCCGUGUUCCGCCGGGGCUCGAAGCGCUGGAACCCGGCCUCAAGAAACGGAUCGCCGGCCGCGUAGCGCGCGGCAACAUCCAGGUUUCGAUCGGCGCCGAGGCGCCUGCCGAUACGGUGCCGCUUGCCAUCGAUGCCGGCGCGUUUCGCCAUGUGGCCGCGCAGGCAAUGGCGCUGUCGGUCGAGACCGGGCUCGCGCCGCCGACCACGGACGGGGUUCUGCAGGUGCGUGGCGUUGUGCUGACCGAGGACGGCACCGCAAGUCUGGCCCCGGACGAUAGCGAAGAAAUCGGCGCGCUGAUCGAUGCCGCGCUUGACGGGCUGAUCGCCGCCCGCCGAUCGGAAGGCGCGGCGAUGGCCGCGCUUGUUGCCGGCCAUAUCGCGGCGAUCGAGGCGCUGGUCGACCGUGCGGCGGACGAGCCCGAAAGCCAGCCGGACGCUAUCGGAACGCGCCUUUCGGCACAGCUCGAGCGGCUUCUCGGCGAUUCCACGCUGGAUUCCGAACGUCUGAACGCCGAAGUGGCGCUGCUUGCCGCCAAGGCUGACGUCACCGAGGAGAUCGACCGUCUGAAGGCCCAUGUCGCGGCCGCGCGCGAUCAUCUGGCCAAGGGUGGCCCGAUCGGCCGCAAGCUCGAUUUUCUGGCCCAGGAGUUCAACCGCGAAGCCAACACGCUGUGCUCGAAAUCGGCGUCUUCGGACCUGACCGCCAUCGGCCUGGAGCUGAAAUCUGUGAUCGACCAGUUGCGCGAACAGGUGCAAAACCUGCAAUAG